AUGGGGCAUCCUCCCCUUGAGUUCAGCGACUGCUAUGGGGACAGUCCGGAUUUUAGAGAAAGACUAAAAUGCUAUGAAUUAGAAUUGGAAAGAACAAGCAAAUUUCUCAAAGAUGUAAUCAAAGAUGGCAACAGUGUAAUCAAUGCAAUCAAGGGUAAGCUUCUUCUCUCUUUUUCUUCCCUUUUAAAUGUUUUACUUUCUAGGCUGUUUGUGGGCUCACGAGACAUAUCCUACCCACUGUUUGUAGGAGAGGAACCUCAUUGCUGGGCAAUUGUUUCCAAAAACAAAGCCUGCCUGAUGCUUUCACUUGACCACUAGAUACUCUGAUUAGAUAUGGUGAGGCAGAGCCUGACAGAUGGAAAGAAUCUACUCUUCAGCCAAUGGAAUGAUGCACACUGAGCAGUGGUGUGAAAAGGGGAGAGGGCUGGCCCUCUCCAAAUUAAACACAUCUGACCCCCUUGCAUCUGUUGUCCUGAUGGAUUCCUGUAAAAAAAUACAUGAGUGUGAACGGAUCCAUAAACAUUCAAUGGAAAAACAUUUUCAAUGCAUUGUAUGUGCCAAAUAGUGACUGCACUGGUAUUGAUUAUGGUUCAUCAUUUGGCAAGCAGCUGAAUAACAAGCACACAAUUUCAACCAAUUUAUCAGCCUAACGUUGUACUUUUCUUGAUAAGAAAUGAGUGGAUCACAGUGGGCUGUGAGAGCAAACUAUUAAUUAUGUAACCGACUUAACAUGUCAAAAACAUGACUUGAUAGACAGAUGACCUGAUAGACAGACAACCUACAGCUACAUUGUAAAUUAACUCUGAUGAACUCCGGUAUGUAUGACUCAUCCCAUGCUGACUUCCGCAUGUGACACCAGCACCUUCUAUACUAUGCUUCAUAAAGUCAGUCCAAAUCCACAGAGCAAUGAUGGUGGAUAGCCUAUGGAGUCAAGAUCAGGCAUCCAGGAACCAUUUAGAGGCUUUCCUAUGUAGGUAGGCAUAAAUGUUUCAAUCAUAGAAAAAUAUGAUCUUAUGUUUGCAGCACAGUCUAUAACCACACCCAAACCACGUGCUAAGCAAGCAUAAGUAAACAAUGGAAGGCCUCAGUGAUUCCUUAUUAUACACAACAUGAACCUGUAGCAUACAAUAUAACCAUGUUUUUGUCAUUGUUGUCGUGCUGUGCGUUAUUACCAUGCCAUGGUCCUGUCUCUUUUCCUUCCUGUUUUCUUCUCCACCAAAACCAAUGCCAUAUGAUAUUAUACUCUACAUAUAAAGAGAGAAUGCUGCCUUUGCAGAUCAUAAGGACCAGUGUGUUUACCCUUGUGUUUACAGAAUCUUGGUUGAUGCCUUUUGCACUGUUGGAGUUGAUCUUACUUAGGCUACUGAAAGCUAACCUCAGUAUUUCACCAAAGUACCACUGUGCUAAUCCCAAACGUCAGCUCUUGGACGUUCUCCAUGAGUACCACUGCCUCUGUUGGUAUAGGACCAAAUGACUGGAACAGUAUUUGCAUUGUUUGACCCACAGAGAUUCCAUUCCGUAGCCCAAUUCACCAAUGUCAAGCUUUUUAUCUCGAAAACAGAAACUGCCAUUGUAAAGAGAGAUGAAGUGCUGAGUAGAGGAUAUGUCACUUAUUCAGUCUUGGUGAUAACUGGAGGUCACUUGAAGAGUGUUCGUUGUCAACAGGUAUAAAGGAUUGGGCUGAAAUAAGACCCCCCCCCCCCCAAUUAUAUACUGUGUUAUCAUAAGUCAUCGGCCUAACAACACCCAUCUGGGUGCAAACACAAGUCCAUAGUGAUUCCUCCAGGAUUUCUUUUAGCAGCAGUUGUAAAGUUAGCUUGGGGGGGGGGGGUCUACACAUUUGCCAUGGGGCGGAGAGACAUUUUUACAAUUUUCAAAGCUCAUUUCCUGCAAUUCCACACAUUUUGCCAUGGCUUAUGCUGUGUUCUUAUUCUAUCUGAGUGACUCAAACAUUAUAGCAAAAUCAGUGGGGGCCCCAUGCCAUGCCAUAUUUUAGAUUCUUCCUGACUGUCUAGUUAGUUCUCAAAUAUAUAUAUUUUUUCAUACUUUAUAUCUGGUUUUAGUAAUUGAAGUUUACACUGAAAACGUUUUACCAUCCCGAAAAGUAUUUUCUACCCCCCAAAAAAAUAUGAUAAUAUUUUUUUGAAGUGGCGUUAACGAUGUAGCAGCAGCUACUGUAGGUACCGUUAGCUAGCGCUAGUUGGCUGUACCUGAGCCAAAACUCCGGUAUUUUUCAUCCUAUAGCUUGUUCUCUAUUUUUUUUGUUUUCAAAUAGUGAGCCAAAACGUUUUCAGCACUUUUAUUUACCUGUCUGAUCAAAACUUGUUUUCUCAUGCUCUCUCUUGUCUCUCUGACGCAGACAUAUGCUGAGCAAUAAAUCAAAUCAAAUCAAAUGUUAUUUGUCACAUACACGUGUUUAACAGAUGUUAUUGCGGGUGUAGCGAAAUGCUUGUGCUUCUAGCUCCGUGCAGUAAUAUUUCACAACAUAUACCCAAUACACACAUCUAAGUAAGGAAUGGAAUUAAGAAAAUAUACAUAUAUGGACGAGCGAUGUCAGAGCGGCAUGGACUAAGAUACAGUAGAAUAUUAUAGAUCCAGUGCCUUGCAAAAGUAUUCAUCCCCCUUGGCGUUUUUCCCUAUUUUGUAGCAUUACAACCUGUAAUUUAAAUGGAUUUUUAUUUGGAUUUCAUGUAAUGGACAUAUACCAAAUAGUCCAAAUUGGUGAAGUGAAAUAAAAAAAAAUACUUUUUUUAAAAAAUUCAAAAAAAUAAAUAACGGAAAAGUAGUGCGUGCAUAUGUAUUUACCGCCUUUGCUAUGAAGCCCCUAAAUAAGAUCUGGGGCAACCAAUUACCUUCAGAAGUCACAUAAGUAGUUAAAUAAAGUCCACCUGUGUGCAAUCUAAGUGUCACAUGAUCUCAGUAUAUAUACACCUGUUCUGAAAUGCCCCAGAGUCUGCAACACCACUAAGCAAGGGUCACCACCAAGCAAGUGGCACCAUGAAGACCAAGGAGCUCUCCAAACAGGUCAGGGGCAAAGUUGUGGGGAAGUACAGAUCAGGGUUGGGUUAUAAAAAAAUAUCAGAAACUUUGAACAUCCCACGGAGCACCAUUAAAUCCAUUAUUAAAAUAAUUGAAAGAAUAUGGCACCACAACAAACCUGCCAAGAGAGGGCCGCCCACCAAAACUCACGGACAAGGCAAGGAGGGCAUUAAUCAGAGAGGCUACAAAGAUAACCCGGAAGGAGCUGCAAAGCUCCACAGCAGAGAUUGUAGUAUCUGUCCAUAGGACCACUUCAAGCCGUACACGCCACAGAGCUGGGCUUUACGGAUGAGUGGCCAGAAAAAAGCCAUUGCUUAAAGAAAAAAACAACACAGGUUUGGUGUUCGCCAAAAGGCAUGUGGGAGACUCCCCAAACAUAUGGAAGAAGGUACUCUGGUCAGAUGAGAUUAAAAUUGAGCUUUUUGGCCAUCAAGGAAAACGCUAUGUCUGGCACAAACCCAACACCUCUCAUCACCCCGAGAACACCAUCCCCACAGUGAAGCAUGGUGGUGGCAGCAUCAUGCUGUGGGGAUGUUUUUCAUCGGCAUGGACUGGGAAAUGAUGGAUGGCGCUAAAUACAGGAACAUUCUUGAGGGAAACCUGUUUCAGUCUUCCAGAGAUUUGAGACUGGGACGGAGGUUCACCUUCCAGUAGGACAAUGACCAUAAGCAUACUGCUAAAGCAACACUUGAGUGGUUUAAGGGGAAACAUUUAAAUGUCUUGGAAUGGCCUAGUCAAAACCCAGAUCUCAAUCCAAUUGAGAAUAUGUGUUAUGACUUAAAAAUUGCUGUACACCAGCGGGGGGGGGGGAACAGUUAUGCACACUCAAGUCUCUGUUUUUUUGUCUUAUUUGAAAAAUAUAUUUUGCAUCUUUAAAGUGGUAGGCAUUCAGACCCUUUGCUAUGAGACUCAAAAUUGAGCUCAGGUCCAUCCUGUUUCCAUUGAUCAUCCUUGAGAUGUUUCUACAACUUCAUUGGAGUCCACCUGUGGUAAAUUCAAUUGAUUGGACAUGAUUUGGAAAGGCACACACCUGUCUAUAUAAGGUCCUACAGUUGACAGUUAAUGUCAGAGGAAAAACCAGGCCAUUAGGUCGAAGGAAUUGUCCAUAGAGCUCCGAGACAGGAUUGUGUCGAGGCACAGAUCUGGGGUAGGGUACCAAAAAAUAUCUGCAGCAUUGAAGGUCCCCAAGAACACAGUGGCCUCCAUCAUUCUUAAAUGGAAGUUUAUAACCUCCAAGGCUCUUCCUAGAGCUGGCCGCCUGGCCAAACUGAGCAAUCGAGGGAGAAGGGCCUUGGUCAGAGAGGUGACCAAGAACCCGACUUCACUCUGACAGAGCUCUAGAGUUCCUCUGUGGAGAUGGGAGAACCUUCCAGAAGGACAACAAUCUCUGCAGCACUCCACCAAUCAGGCCUUUAUGGUAGAGUGGCCAGACGGAAGCCACUCUUCAGUAAAAGGCACAUGACAGCCCGCUUGGAGUUUGCCAAAAGACUCUCAGACCAUGUGAAACAAGAUUCUCUGGUCUGAUGAAACCAAGAUUGAACUCUUUGGCCUGAAUGCCAAGCGUCACGUGUGGAGGAAACCUGGCACCAUCCCUGCGGUGAAGCAUGGGGGUGGCAGCAUCAUGCUGUGGGGAUGUUUUUCAGCGGCAGGGACUGGGAGACUAGUCAGGAUCGAGGGAAAGAUGAACGGAGCAAAGUACAGAGAGAUCCUUGAUGAAAACCUGCUCCAGAGCGCCAAAACAACGUAGGAGUGGCUUCGGGACAAGUCUUUGAAUGUCCUUGAGUGGCCCAGCCAGAGCCCGGACUUGAACCUGAUCAAACAUCUCUGGAGAGACCUGAAAAUAGCUGUGCAGCGACGCUCCCCAUCCAACCUGACAGAGCUUGAGAGGAUCUACAGAGAAGAAUGUGAGGAACUCCCCAAAUACAGGUGUGCCAAGCUUGUAGCGUCACUCCCAAGAAGACUCGAGGCUGAAAUCGCUGCCAAAGGUGCUUCAUCAAACUACUGAGGAAAGGGUCUGAAUACUUAUGUAAAUGUGAUAUUUCAGUUUAGUAAUUUUAUUUUGUAGCAAAAUUUUCUGAAAACCUGGUUUUGCUUUGUCAUUAUGGGGUAUUGUGUAUAGAUUGAUGGAAUAAAACAAUUUAAUCAAUUUUAGUAUAAGGCAGUAACGUAACAAAAUGUGGAAAAUGUCAAAGGGUCUGAAUACUUUCUGAAUGCACUGUAGAUGUCCUGGAUGGCAGGGAGCUCGUCCCCAGUGAUGUACUGGGCUGUCCGCACCACCCUCUGUAGCGCCAUGCUAUCGAGGGCGGUGCUAUUGCCAUACCAGGCAAUGCUGCAGCUAGUUAAGAUGCUCUAUGGUACAGCUGUAGAACUCUUUGACGAUUUGAGGGCCCAUGCCAAACUAUUUCAACCUGAGGGGGAAGAAACGCUGUCGCGCCUUCUUCAGGUCCGUGCACGUGUGGACUGUGCGUGUGUGUGUUUGGACCAUUUUAAGUCUUUAGUGAUUUGGACACAGAGGAACUUGAAGACCUGCUCCACUGCAGCCCUGUGUAACAGUAUUGCUUCCGUCCCUCUCCUCGCCCCAACCUGGACUUGAACCAGGAACCCUCUGCACAUGUCGACAACAGUCACCCUCAAAGCAUCGUUACCUAUCGCUCCACAAAAGCUGCAGUCCUUGCAGAGCAAGGGAAACAAUUACUUCAAGGUCUCAGAGCGAGUGACUUCACCGAUUCAAAUGCUGCUAGUGCGCACCGCUAACUAGCCAUCCAUUUCAUACCGGUUUCACUAGUCUGUCUGAUAUCUUGGGCCUCCUCAUUGGCACACCCCUGAGGUGAAAAUAAUUUGACACACCUCUUCUAAUGUAAUGUAAGAAAAUAUAUCUGGCAUCAGAACAGGAGACUGCAAUGAAGCAGUGUAGCAAUGUUCCUAACUCUGGGUCCAGCUGAGUAGGCUGAACCUAGAGCUGAGUUUGCCCUCAGCUCUUGUACUGUUUUAUCUCGUUGAUCUAUGCCCCAACCUGAAGAACCAUUCUAACCAUUAGCAUGUCCAUGUCUUACUUGUCUGUAUAUUAUACAACGGGUGGGUCUAAUCUUGAAGGCUGAGUGGUUAAAACCGCAUUCCAGCCGGUGUCUAUUCCACAAGUAAAUCUAUGACAUUAAAAUGCCUAUUUACUCUGUUCCAUCUGACUGCGCAAUCCACUGUCUCAUCAGCCCAGCCAAGCAAUUUAUAAACUUGAUCUCCACUAUAAAAAGCAUCUAGACAUUAUCUCACAUUUCUUUUAGACUAACAUUUUUGUUUUCAACAGCUGAGAUUUGUAUAAACCUUGCUGUCUGUCUCUCUGACAUUUGCAACAUUGUUUCAAUAUUCAAAUUCAAUCUCAAGCUGUUCCAUAGUAAUGAAUGUGUCGUGAGUUGGGACAAGACACAGGCAGGCAGCGUUUCUCAGCCAGUCGAAAUCAUUAAUCAGCUGGCAUCAUUUUUAUGGAUAUAUAAAAAGAAAUGUAAGUUGGAAAAAAGGUCAAACUAAAUGAAGUGGAGCUAGUUUGCAGUUUUUCCAGCUUCAGUUUGAAGUGAUUGUGUUAGCUGUGUUGUUGGCUAGCUCCUCUGAACAACAGUGCCCUGACAAGUGAGCAAAUGUUCUAUGCCAGGUGAAAUCACUUCUCAUUAGCUCAUUGUUAUUGAUGUAUCCAAAUAAAUGUCACUAGAAAACAGUUUAAACAAAUGCAAAUACAGCUACUUUGCUGUUAUUCUGGCUGCACUUUUUGACAUGGCUGUAUGUUAGCUGUAGUUGGCUAGCUAGCAAGCAAGGGAUAAGAACGUUGCCAGCCAGUAUGGCAAUGAAACUGUCACGGAUUCAGCCGAGGCUGCCCCUCCUCCUUGCUCGGGCAGGCUUCGGCGUUCGUCGUCACCGGAGUACUAGCUGCUACCGAUCCAUGUAUCUAUGUUCGACUUGUUUUGUCUUUAUUAUGUACACCUGUUUCCCAUUAUGUAGUGAUGUCUUCCCUAUUUAACCCUCUGUCUCACACUGUGUGUUGUGUGUGUUUGUUCAUGUUUCGGCUGUCGUUAGUGUGCGGGUUUGUUCCCUCCCUGCGUGGAGGUUGUUGUUCUUUCUUUUACCUUCGAGUAAAGUACGCCUUCUGAUUAGCUCUGUGUCCUGCGCCUGACUUCGCCUACCGCAUUACACUGACACCCUGACAGGAACAUUUAGAACGAACGACUGGGUCGCGUCCAUAGAUACAGAACAAAAAGACUGAACGACUGGGUUGCGUCUCUGGCAACCGAACCGAUAGAACGAACGACCAGCCGGCUUGGGUAGCAACCCUAGAUUUGUUUCGGGACUAUAUCCUGUGGAAGGAUGAAAUAGUAUGAAUAAAUUCAUCAAAAUAAAGUUUUUAAUGAAAAUAUGUCAGUCAUUAUUUGAAUAUGUUGGUAACCUGUUGUAUAAAAGUCAUAAUGCCCUCGAAGCCGGUGUUGAGGAUAUAUUGGCACGGUUUGCCGGCCCUCGAGUUCUUCUCGUGCCUAACAACACCCGUGCCAAUAUAUCCUCCAAACACCAGCUUCUCUGACAUUAUCACUUAAUUAAUUCUAAAUCUUACAGUAAUGACUGUCUUCACUCAUUAGAGCGCUUGAAAGAGGACUGUAACGUAGGGUUGGGGGGUAUCCAGAUUUUCGGACCGUUUCUGUACCAUACGGUAUUACCGAAUGUGCACACGAGCGCUAUAAAAAAUAAACAAUUUAGGCAACAGGACUCUUGAUCUAGGAGGGGAUUGAAUGUCUCUGCUUUAACUAAGAAGCUUGAUCUUGACACCUAGCCAAUUAGCUACCAUUUAGCAAAUCGAAUGCACAGCUGGUGCCCUGAGCUGGAUAUAAUUUAUUUGACACAUCUUAGAUUUCUUUAGUUAUACUUAACUUGUAGUUAUAAACAGGUAUACGGUAUAAACGGUAUAUCGCCCAAGCCUACUGUAACAUAACAUACAAGUAUCACAAAAUAAAUAAUUGUGACUCUGGAUGACAUAGGGAUACAGUGAGGGAAAAAAGUAUUUGAUCCCCUGCUGAUUUUGUACGUUUGCCCACUGACAAAGAAAUGAUCAGUCUAUAAUUUUAAUAGUAGGUUUAUUUGAACAGUGAGAGACAGAAUAACAACAAAAAAAUCCAGAAAAACACAUGUCAAAAAUGUUAUAAAUUGAUUUGCAUUUUAAUACAUUUUUAUCAGAAAGAUAUCUGGCUCCCAGGUGUCUUUUAUACAGGUAACGAGCUGAGAUUAGAGCACACUCUUAAAGGGAGUGCUCCUAAUCUCAGCUUGUUACCUGUAUAAAAGACACCUUUCCACAGAAGCAAUCAAUCAGAUUCCAAACUCUCUACCAUGGCCAAGACCAAAGAGACCAAGACCAAAGAGCUUUCCAAGGAUUUCAGGGACAAGAUUGUAGACCUACACAAGGCUGGAAUGGGCUACAAGACCAUCGCCAAGCAGCUUGGUGAGAAGGUGAGAACAGUUGGUGCGAUUUAUUCGCAAAUGGAAGAAACACAAAUGAAAUGUCAAUCUCCCUCGGCCUGGGGCUCCAUGCAAGAUCUCACUUCGUGGAGUUGCAAUGAUCAUGAGAACGGUGAGGAAUCAGCCCAGAACUACACAGAAGGAUCUUGUCAAUGAUCUCAAGGCAGCUGGGACCAUAGUCACCAAGAAAACAAUUGGUAACACACUACGCCGUGAAGGACUGAAAUCCUGCAGCGCCCGCAAGGUCCCCCUGCUCAAGAAAGCAGAUAUACAGGCCCGUCUGAAGUUUGCCAAUGAACAUCUGAAUGAUUCAGAGGAGAACUGGGUGAAAGUGUUGUGGUCAGAUGAGACCAAAAUCAAGCUCUUUGGCAUCAACUCAACUCGCCGUAUUUGGAGGAGGAGGAAUGCUGCCUAUGACCCAAGAACACCAUUCUCACCGUCAAACAUGGAGGUGGAAACAUUAUGCGUUGGGGGUGUUUUUCUGCUAAGGGGACAGGACAACUUCACCGCAUCAAAGGGACAAUGGACGGGGCCAUGUACCGUCAAAUCUUGGGCAAGAACCUCCUUCCCUCAGCCAGGGCAUUGAAAAUGGGUCGUGGAUGUGUAUUCCAGCAUGACAAUGACCCAAAACACACGGCCAAGGCCACAAAGGAGUGGCUCAAGAAGAAGCACAUUAAGGUCCUGGAGUGGCCUAGCCAGUCUCCAGACCUUAAUCCCACAGAAAAUCUGUGGAGGGAGCUGAAGGUUCGAGUUACCAAACGUCAGGCUCGAAACCUUAAUGACUUGGAGAAGAUCUGCAAAGAGGAGUGGGACAAAAUCCCUCCUGAGAUAUGUGCAAACCUGGUGGCCAACUACAAGAAACGUCUGACCUCUGUGAUUGCCAACAAGGGUUUUGCCACAUAGUACUAAGUCAUGUUUUGCAGAGGGGUUAAAUACUUAUUUCCCUCAUUAAAAUGCAAAUCAAUUUAUAACAUUUUUGACAUGCAUUUCUCUGUUUUUUUUGUUGUUAUUCUGUCUCUCACUGUUCAAAUACACCUACCAUUAAAAUUAUAGACUGAUCAUGUCUUUGUCAGUGGGCAAACAUACAAAAUCAGCAGGGGAUCAAAUACUUUUUUCCCUCACUGUAUUUGUUUCCAACAUUAGGGCUGUUUUCCUAAAGAAGUUAAAUCCACUUCUUUGUUUCCUUGCCACGUUACUAACGAGUAUCGCGAUACUGGUAUCGUCCCGGCCCUACCAAAUACUGUGCUCAUUUAUAUAUGGCUGAACUGUUAUAAUAAUACCAGUGCUAUCACAUUUAAGCCCAAUAUUUGGCAAUCACCAAAAUAACAAUCACAGUUUAAUUUAUAAAGUCCUAAUACAUCCACUAUAUAUUUGUUACCAAAUUAUGUAGAUUGGGUUGAUAAUAUGCAAUGUAUGUGUUUUUAUUAAGGUUAUUCUGUGGCAGUUCAGAAGUUCUCCCAGACACUCAACCUGUUCCAGUUCGACUUCAUUGGUGAUUCCCUGACAGAUGACGAGAUGAAUAUUGGUAAGUUCAUAUAGGGAUAUGAUGUCACACAAACACUUACCCCAUUGGUCAGACUAAGAGCCAUAUGGGAUAAUGUCUUAGUGUGGGGUGGAAAGCAUGCAAUACAUUACCUUGUAUGCAGUAAAAAUCACAUUAUUGUGGGAGCACCUCCUCGAAGAGUAUGAAUUAGGUUGUUUGAGAUGGUGUGAAUCCGAAGCAACCUGCCUACACAUUGUUUGAAGGACAAUAGACCAACAUACAGUGAGGGAAAAAAGUAUUUCAUCCCCUGCUGAUUUUGUACGUUUGCCCACUGACAAAGAAAUGAUCAGUCUAUAAUUUUAGCGGUAGGUUUAUUUGAACAGUGAGAGACAGAAUAACAACAAAAAAAUCCAGAAAAACUCAUGUCAAAAAUGUUAUAAAUUGAUUUGCAUUUUAAUGAGGGAAAUAAAUAUUUGACCCCCUCUCAAUCAGAAAAUUUCUGGUUCCCAGGUGUCUUUUAUACAGGUAACGAGCUGAGAUUAGGAGCACACUCUUAAAGGGAGUGCUCCUAAUCUCAGCUUGUUACCUCUAUAAAAGACACCUGUCCACAGAAGCAAUCAAUCAAUCAGAUUCCAAACUCUCCACCAUGGCCAAGACCAAAGAGCUCUCCAAGGAUGUCAGGGACAAGAUUGUAGACCUACACAAGGCUGGAAUGGGCUACAAGACCAUCGCCAAACAGCUUGGUGAGAAGGUGACAACAGUUGGUGCGAUUAUUCGCAAAUGGAAGAAACACAAAAUAACUGUCAAUCUCCCUCGGCCUGUGGCUCCAUGCAAGAUCUCACCUCGUGGAGUUGCAAUGAUCAUGAGAACGGUGAGGAAUCAGCCCAGAACUAUACGGGAGGAUCUUGUCAAUGAUCUCAAGGCAGCUGGGACCAUAGUCACCAAGAAAACAAUUGGUAAACACACUACGCCGUGAAGGACUGAAAUCCUGCAGCGCCCGCAAGGUCCCCCUGCUCAAGAAAGCACAUAUACAGUGGGGGAAAAAAAGUAUUUAGUCAGCCACCAAUUGUGCAAGUUCUCCCACUUAAAAAGAUGAGAGAGGCCUGUAAUUUUCAUCAUAGGUACACGUCAACUAUGACAGACAAAAUGAGAAAAGAAAAUCCAGAAAAUCACAUUGUAGGAUUUUUAAUGAAUUUAUUUGCAAAUUAUGGUGGAAAAUAAGUAUUUGGUCAAUAACAAAAGUUUCUCAAUACUUUGUUAUAUACCCUUUGUUGGCAAUGACACAGGUCAAAUGUUUUCUGUAAGUCUUCACAAGGUUUUCACACACUGUUGCUGGUAUUUUGGCCCAUUCCUCCAUGCAGAUCUCCUCUAGAGCAGUGAUGUUUUGGGGCUGUCGCUGGGCAACACGGACUUUCAACUCCCUCCAAAGAUUUUCUAUGGGGUUGAGAUCUGGAGACUGGCUAGGCAACUCCAGGACCUUGAAAUGCUUCUUACGAAGCCACUCCUUCGUUGCCCGGGCGGUGUGUUUGGGAUCAUUGUCAUGCUGAAAGACCCAGCCAUGUUUCAUCUUCAAUGCCCUUGCUGAUGGAAGGAGGUUUUCACUCAAAAUCUCACGAUUCAUUCUUUCCUUUACACGGAUCAGUCGUCCUGGUCCAUUUGCAGAAAAACAGCCCCAAAGCAUGAUGUUUCCACCCCCAUGCUUCACAGUAGGUAUGGUGUUCUUUGGAUGCAACUCAGCAUUCUUUGUCCUCCAAACACGACGAGUUGAGUUUUUACCAAGAAGUUCUAUUUUGGUUUCAUCUGACCAUAUGACAUUCUCCCAAUCCUCUUCUGGAUCAUCCAAAUGCACUCUAGCAAACUUCAGACGGGCCUGGACAUGUACUGGCUUAAGCAGGGGGACACGUCUGCACUGCAGGAUUUGAGUCCCUGGCGGCGUAGUGUGUUACUGAUGGUAGGCUUUGUUACUUUGGUCCCAGCUCUCUGCAGGUCAUUCACUAGGUCCCCCCAUGUGGUUCUGGGAUUUUUGCUCACCUUUCUUGUGAUCAUUUUGACCCCACGGGGUGAGAUCUUGCGUGGAGCCCCAGAUCGAGGGAGAUUAUCAGUGGUCUUGUAUGUCUUCCAUUUCCUAAUAAUUGCUCCCACAGUUGAUUUCUUCAAACCAAGCUGCUUACCUAUUACAGAUUCAGUCUUCCCAGCCUGGUGCAGGUCUACAAUUUUGUUUCUGGUGUCCUUUGACAGCUCUUUGGUCUUGGCCAUAGUGGAGUUUGGAGUGUGACUGUUUGAGGUUGUGGACAGGUGUCUUUUAUAUUGAUAACAAGUUCAAACAGGUGCCAUUAAUACAGGUAACGAGUGGAGGACAGAGGAACCUCUUAAAGAAGAAGUUACAGGUCUGUGAGAGCCAGAAAUCAUGCUUGUUUGUAGGUGACCAAAUACUUAUUUUCCACCAAAAUUUGCAAAUAAAUUCAUAAAAAAUCCUACAAUGUGAUUUUCUGGAUUUUUUUUCUCAAUUUGUCUGUCAUAGUCGAUGUGUACCUAUGAUGAAAAUUACAGGCCUCUCUCAGCUUUUUAAGUGGGAGAACUUGCACAAUUGGUGGCUGACUAAAUACUUUUUUCCCCCACUGUACAUGCCUGUCUGAAGUUUGCCAAUGAACAUCUGAAUGAUUCAGAGGAGAACUGGGUGAAAGUGUUGUGGUCAGAUGAGACCAAAAUGGAGCUCUUUGGCAUCAACUCAACUCACCGUGUUUGGAGGAGGAGGAGGAAUGCUGCCUAUGACCCCAAGAACACCAUCCCCACCGUGAAACAUGGAGGUGGAAACAUUAUGCUUUGGGGGUGUUUUUCUGCUAAGGGGACAGGACAACUUCACUGCAUCAAAGGGACGAUGGAUGGGGCCAUGUACCGUCAAAUCUUGGGUGAGAACCUCCUUCCCUCAGCCAGGGCAUUGAAAAUGGGUUGUGGAUGGGUAUUCCAGCAUGACAAUGACCCAAAACACAUGGCCAAGGCAACAAAGGAGUGGCUCAAGAAGAAGCACAUUAAGGUCCUGGAGUGGCCUAGCCAGUCUCCAGACCUUAAUCCCAUAGAACAUUUGUAGAGGGAGCAGAAUGUUCGAGUUGCCAAACGUCAGCCUCAAAACCUUAAUGACUUGGAGAAGAUCUGCAAAGAGGAGUGGGACAAAAUCCCUCCUGAUAUAAUGUGUGCAAACCUGGUGUUCAACUACAAGAAAUGUCUGACCUCUGUGAUUGCCAACAAGGGUUUUGCCAGCAAGUACUAAGUAAUGUUUUGCAGAGGGGUCAAAUACUUAUUUCCCUCAUUAAAUGCAAAUCAAUUUAUAACAUUUCUGACAUGUUUUUCUUGAUUUUGUUGUUGUUAUUCUGUCUCUCACUGUUCAAAUAAACCUACCAUUAAAAUUAUAGACUGAUCAUUUCUUUGUCAGUGGGCAAAUGUACAAAAUCAGCAGGGGAUCAAAUACUUUUUUCCCUCACUGUAGUUGCUGUAGGUCAAAGCUGUGUGCUGGAAAACCUUGGUGGGUGAAGUAGGCCGUGUGAUGCUCACAUUUCCUUUCUUUUUCGACUUCAGACCUGCCUAGUUCUCACUUAAAAUAUAGUUUUGGAGUUUAAUCCGUAUAUGGCUCUAGUCAGCCUUAUUACUUUACCCCCUAGCAUUGAGUCUGUGUGGCAACAGAUGUAUUGAUGUUUCAGUGUAAUUGAUUUCAUGGAAUACGGAUGUGAAACAUUUUCAUGUUGUGGCACACAAUCUAAUGCUAUCCUGUAUUGAUUUCACAUCCUCCCCUGUACAGUGCUAUGAGCUUGUCAUCUUCUAAGGACUUCAUUUUUACCCCAUUAUCUCACUAAACAUGGAUAAAUCAAGAACUCUCCCAAAGCCCUAUGUAACAUAAUAUCUUUAUUUUUGUCCACAGCGGAAUCUUUCCAGGAGUUUGCUGGUCUCCUACAGGAAGUGGAGGAUGACCGGAUGAUGCUGGUGGGUUAUCAGCAGCACUUUUCAAUACAACCAGAGGUGGAAAUAAGAGAAACUGGAACUGGCUUCCUGGGCCCAGUUUUUCAAAAGAUACCUGACCGGAUUCCGGCAAUCUGUUAGGAUUAAAUGUUUAGAAUUGGGUUUUUCAAAACUGAAAAAUGAGUUUCUGAUCCUCCAUAUAGGGAUAAGGUUUUGGUAAUCCAAUCUGACCUUUUUCAUAACUCAAAGGUAGUGAUUUGGAUUGUUUUGAUGUCGAAAAUAAGGAUUAUCUUGAUCCCACUGGAAGGGUGGAUUUAAAAAGUUGAAAGGCACUACAACCAAGAAAUGUCAAUGUAACUAAAGGUUUAAAUAAUUUUCUUACAUCUGAAAACCAAAGGUUCAUUAUGUUAAAUUGACCACAGUAUAGGAAUGUGUGCAGUUGUUAUAUUGAGAAGUGUCAAAUAAAUGCAUCUACUUACUUAUAAGUGAUAUGCAGGCAGGCUCUAUUUUCAAUCUGGGUACCUUUAUUCAUGUAGUUUACUCAUAUCUGUUUCCCUAUGACCGUGUAGAAGUAGUACCACAACCUGUCCACUAUGGCAAGGUGUAGGACUGUUCAAAGCGCUGAAAAUCUGGAUUCUGUGAUCUUGAUAUUGUGAUAUCUGGAUCAGAAUGAUCCUGUCCGAUUUUAUAAAAAAAUAACAGUCAGAUCGAUCUGAUCCUGGAUUGCAAAAAAUAAGAUUACAGAACCCGGAUCAUUCUGAUCCAGAUUAAAAAGUAGUGAAAGUCUAGGCCCUGGAGUGAACUCUGGGCUUUGUGCUAUAGAAAUAAUUAUGUCAUGACACUGCAUUAUCAGUGUGCAGUGAAAAGCGGCAGAUCCUGUUAGACUGGGCUUUCAGGAAGCUUUUAGGAUGUUUUUAAACACAGCUUCUCUCUGAUUACAGCUGAUGCUCUUUCUUUUUGAGGGGAAGAAGAGCAACACCUGCUGGAGUGCAAGAUAACUGACUGUUUAUUUGUUUUAUUUCUAGGCUUAUAGUUUCUUGUUUCCCCUUUUCACACAUUCUUAUCAUAACUUUGUAAUGUAAUGCAUGAUUUUUUUUUGCCAAAUGGUGAAAUAAAAUUGUAUUUGUCACUUGCGCUCAAUACAACGGGUGUAGACUUUACCGUGAAAUGCUUGCUUACGAGCCCUUCCCAGCGAUGCAGAGUUAAAAAAUCAAUAUAAAAGAAAAAUAGGAGUAAAAUACACAAGAAUGGAGCUAUACCGAGAGUACCAGAUCAAUGUGCAGGGGUACGAGGUAUUUGAGGAAGAUAUGUACAUGAAGGCGGGGUAAAGUGACAUCAGGAUGGAUAAUAAUAAGAGUAAAAUAAAGAACAGGGUACCAGCAGCAUAUGAUGAGUGUAAAACUGCGUAUGUGUGUUGCCGUUGUGUGUGUAUGUGAAUGUGUGUGGGUUUUGUGUGCGAGUCAGUGUAGUAUGUGAGGUGAGUGUGUGUGCAUUCGGAAAGAAUUAAGAUCCCCUUCCCUUUCUCCACAUUUUGUUACAUUACAGCCUUAUAAUAAAAUUGAUUACAUUUCGUUUUUUCCUCAUCAAUCUACACACAAUACCCCAUAAUGACAAAGUGAAAACAGGUUUAGACAUUUUUGCAAAUGUAUUAGAAAUAAAAACAGAUACCUUAUUUACAAACAGUUGCAUCCUGUUUCCAUUGAUCAUCCUUGAGAUGUUUCUACAACUUGAUUGGAGUCCACCUGUGUUAAAUUCAAUUGAUUGGGCAUGAUUUGGAAAGGCACACACCUGUCUAUAUAAGGUCCCACAGUUGACAGUGCAUGUCAGAGCAAAAACCAAGCCAUGUGGUCGAAGUAAUUGUCCGUAGAGCUCCGAGACAGGAAUGUGUCGAGGCACAGAUCUGGGGAAGGGUACCAAAAAAUGUCUGCAGCAUUGAAUGUCCCCAAGAACACAGUUGCCUCCAUCAUUCUUAAAUGGAAGAAGUUUAGAACCACCAUGACUCUUCCUAGAGCUGGCUGCCCGGCCAAACUGAGCAAACGGGGGCGAAGGGCCUUGGUCAGGGAGGUGACCAAGAAACCGAUUGUCACUCUGACAGAGCUCUAGAGUUCCUCUGUGGAGAUGGGAGAACCUUCCAGAAGGACAACCAUCUCUACAGCACUCCACCAAUCAUGCUUUUAUGAUAGAGUGGCCAGACGGAAGCCACUCCUCAGUAAAAAGCAUGACAGGUGCAUUUUGGCAAACUCCAAGAGGGCUAACAAGAUUCUCUGGUCUGAUGAAAUUAAGAUUGAACUCUUUGGCCUGAAUGCCAAGCGUCACAUCGGGAGGAAACCUGGCACCAUCCCUACGGUGAAGCAUGGUGGUGGCAGCAUCAUACCGUGGGGAUGUUUUUCAGUGGCAGGGACUGGGAGACUAGUCAGGAUUAAGGGAAACAUGAACAGAGCAAAGUACAGAGAUCCUUGACGAAAACCUGCUCCAGAGCGUUCAGGACGUCAGACUGGGGCGAAGGUUCACAUUCCAACAGGAAAAUGACCCUAAGCACACAGCCAAGAAAAUGCAGGAGUGGCUUCAGGACAAGUCUCUGAAUGUACUUCAGUUGUCCAGCCAGAGCCCGGACUUCAACCCAAUAGAACAUUUUACAUUUUUCAUUUUAGUCAUUUAGCAGACGCUCUUAUCCAGAGCGACUUACAGUUAGUGAGUGCAUACAUUUUCAUACUGGCCCCCCGUGGGAAACGAACCCACAACCCUGGCGUUGCAAGCACCAUGCUCUACCAACUGAGCUACAGUCUCUGGAGAGACCUGAAAAUAGCUGUGCAGCGACGCUCCCCAUCCAACCUGACAGAGCUUGAGAGGAUCUGCAGAGAAGAAUGGGAGAAACUCCCCAAAUACAGGUGUGCCAAGCUUGUAGCGUCAUAACCAAGAAGACUCAAGGCUGUAAUCGCUGCCAAAGGUGCUUCAACAAAGUACUGAGUAAAAGCUGUGAAUACUUAUGUAAAUGUUAUUUUUCACUUUAUUUUCAAUACAUUUGCUAAAAUUCCUAAAAACCUGUUUUUGCUUUGUCAUUAUGGUGUGUUGUGUGUAGAUUGAGGGGAAAAAACUAUUUAAUCAAUUUUAGAAUAAGGCUGUAACGUAACAAAAUGUAGAAAAAGUCUAGGGGUCUGAAUACUUUCCGAAUGCACAUAGUCUUGUUAGUGUCCGUAGUCAGAGAAAGAUAUGGUCAGUGCAGAUAGUCUCUGUAACCAUUUAGUUAACUAUUUAUCAGUCUUGUCACUAUUUAGCAGUCUUCUGGCUUGGGUGUAGAAGCUGUUUCUGGGCUUGUUGGUCCGAGAGCUGAUGCUCCGGUACCGUUUGCUGGAUGGUAGCAGAGUGAACAGUCUAUGGCUUGAGAGGCUGGUGUCUUUGUACAUUUUUCGGGUCUUCCUAAUAUAAUAAUAAUAAUAUGCCAUUUAGCAGACGCUUUUAUCCAAAGCGACUUACAGUCAUGUGUGCAUACAUUUUUACAUAUGGGUGGUCCCGGGGAUCGAACCCACUACCAUGGCGUUACAAGCGCCAUGCUCUACCAAUUGAGCUACAGAGGACCACAUUCCUCUGUAGUGUGUUGCGGUCGAGAGCUGUGCAUUUGCCAUACCAAGUGAUAAUGCAGCCAGUCAAGAUGCUCUCGAUGUUGCAGCUGUAGAACAUUUUGGGCCCAUCCCAAAUCUUUUCAGCCAGAACAUACAGUGCUCUCCGUAAUUAUUGGGACAGUGAAGCAUUUUGUAUUAUUUUGGCUCUGUACUCCAGCACUUUUGUAUUUGAAUGACUAUGAGGUUAUAGUGCAGACCUGCCAGCUUUUAAUUGUAGGGUUAUUUUCAUCCAUAUUGGGUGAACCGUUUAGAAAUUACAGCACUUUUUGUACAUAGUCCCCCAUUUUAGGGGAACAAAAGUAUUGGGACAAAUUCACUUAUGUGUGUUAAAGUAUUAAACAUUUUUAGUAUUUGGUUCCAUAUUCCUAGCACUCAAUGAUUACAUCAAGCUUGUGACUACAAACUUGUUGGAUGCGUUUGCUGUUUGUUUUGGUUGUGUUUCAGAUUAUUUUGUGACCAAUAUAAAUGAAUGGAAAUAAUGUAUUGUGUUAUUUUGGAUUCAAUGUUUGUCAUUUAGCAGAUGCUCUUAUCCAGAGCGACAUACAUUUAGUGAGUACAUACAUCUUUAAUACUGGCCCCCCGUGGGAAACGAACCCACAACCCUGGCGUUGCAGGCGCCAUGCUCUACCAACUGAGCUACAGGAUGUUAUUGUAAAUAAGAAUAUAUGUUUCUAAAUACUUCUACAUUAAUUUGCAUGCUACCAUGAUUACGGAUAGUCCUGAAUGUAUCGUGAAUAAUGAUGAGUGAGAAAGUUAGACGCACAUAUAUCAUACCCCCCCAAAAAAUGCUAACCUCCCAUGUUAUUGUAAUGGUGAGAGGUUAGCAUGUCUUUGGGGUAUGAUAUUUGUGCGUCUAACUUUUUAAUUAAUCUUUAUUCACUAUUCAUUCAGGACUAUGCAUAAUCAUGAUAGCAUCCACAUUAAUGUAGAAGUGUUUUAUUGACAAUAAAAGUGACUCCAAAAUGACACUACAUUAUUUACCGUUAAUUUCUACUGGGAACAAGAUAAUCUGAAACACAACCAAAACAAAUAGCAAAUGCAUCCAACAAGUUUGUAGAGUCACAAGCUUGGUGUAAUCAUUGCAUGCUAGGAAUAUGGGACCAAAUACUAAACUUUUGACUACUUUAAUACACAUAUAAAUGAAUUUGUCCCAAUACUUUUGGUGCCCUAAAAUGGGAGGACAAUGUACAAGAAGUGCUGUAAUUCCAAAACGGUUCAGCCGUUGUUUGAUUUCAAAUACACAUUUUUGGAGUAUAGAGCCAAAAGAGGAAAAAAAUGCUUAAUUCUCACAAUGAUUAAGGAGGGCACUGUAAAUAUCUGUCAUUCACUGUUUUAUGUUUUUUUCCUGGUUCAGGUUCAGAAUGCUUGUGAUCUGCUUAUCAAGCCACUGGAGAAGUUUCGCAAGGAGCAAAUAGGAGUGACAAAAGUGAGUUCAUAUAGAGCUUUUUAUUAAUUUAUUUAGGGUGAUGGAUACUUCAGUAUGUACAUUUUACAAUUAUAGGUUGUUGGAUUAGAUUGUUGAUUAUACUCACUUUCUAUUAAACGUUAAUGUGCUGAAGCAGCACUCUUUCAUUAUAACAAGUGUGUGCACUUGAUGGGAGAAAAGAGGAUCUGCGUUUUGGCAGUGCAUAUAAACCACACUCGUGUUGCUGAGAUGACACUGGCCCCCUUCUCCAUCUCCUCCAGAUUUGCUUAGACACUUUAACAACUAUUCAGCGGGAUGCUCACCAUGACACCAGCCUUCUUAUUCAGCGAGGCGUUCAGUCAAACUCCAUUUUUAAAAUAUUUAUUAUACCUACCCAGUGCCCCCAUAAACUGCCCCAGUUGAUCAACUGUAAACUUUUUUACCAUUGCAAAGACUAUUCAAAUGUACUAGUUCUAUGCUUGCUCAUACUGCAAUGCAGGUUGAUUGAAUUGAACCUUUAGAUUGUGACUAAAUAAGUCAGUAGAUGGGGUGUAGUAACACCACUAGUGUUGGACUACAUGUAGAAACAGUGGAAAGUUCAGUGGAAAAUGUACAGUGGGGGAAAAAAGUAUUUAGUCAGCCACCAAUUGUGCAAGUUCUCCCACUUAAAAAGAUGAGAGAGGCCUGUAAUUUUCAUCAUAGGUAAACGUCAACUAUGACAGACAAAAUGAGAAAAAAAAAUCCAGAAAAUCACAUUGUAGGAUUUUUUAUGAAUUUAUUGGCAUAUGAUGGUGGAAAAUAAGUAUUUGGUCAAUAACAAAAGUUUCUCAAUAAUUUGUUAUAUACCCUUUGUUGGCAAUGACACAGGUCAAACGUUUUCUGUAAGUCUUCACAAGGUUUUCACACACUGUUGCUGGUAUUUUGGCCCAUUCCUCCAUGCAGAUCUCCUCUAGAGCAGUGAUGUUUUGGGGCUGUCGCUGGGCAACACAGACUUUCAACUCCCUCCAAAGAUUUUCUAUGGGGUUGAGAUCUGGAGACUGGCUAGGCCACUCCAGGACCUUGAAAUACUUCUUACUAAGCCACUCCUUCGUUGCCCGGGCGGUGUGUUUGGGAUCAUUGUCAUGCUGAAAGACCCAGCCACGUUUCAUCUUCAAUGCCCUUGCUGAUGGAAGGAGGGUUUCACUCAAAAUCUCACGAUACAUGGCCCCAUUCAUUCUUUCCUUUACACGGAUCAGUCGUCCUGGUCCCUUUGCAGAAAAACAGCCCCAAAACAUGAUGUUUCCAACCCCAUGCUUCACAGUAGGUAUGGUGUUCUUUGGAUGCAACUCAGCAUUCUUUGUCCUCCAAACAUGACGAGUUGAGUUUUUACCAAAAAGUUAUAUUUUGGUUUCAUCUGACCAUAUGACAUUCUCCCAAUCCUCUUCUGGAUCAUCCAAAUGCACUUCAGACGGGCCUGGACAUGUACUGGCUUAAGCAGGGGGACACGUCUCGCACUGCAGGAUUUGAGUCCCUGGCGGCGUAGUGUGUUACUGAUGGUAGGCUUUGUUACUUUGGUCCCAGCUCUCUGCAGGUCAUUCACUAGGUCCCCCCGUGUGGUUCUGGGAUUUUUGCUCACCGUUCUUGUGAUCAUUUUGACCCCACGGGGUGAGAUCUUGCGUGGAGCCCCAGAUCGAGGGAGAUUAUCAGUGGUCUUGUAUGUCUUCCAUUUCCUAAUAAUUGCUCCCACAGUUGAUUUCUUCAAACCAAGCUGCUUACCUAUUGCAGAUUCAGUCUUCCCAGCCUGGUGCAGGUCUACAAUUUUGUUUUUGGUGUCCUUUGACAGCUCUUUGGUCUUGGCCAUUGUGGAGUUUGGAGUGUGACUGUUUGAGGUUGUGGACAGGUGUCUUUUAUACUGAUAACAAGUUCAAACAGGUGCCAUUAAUACAGGUAACGAGUGGAGGACAGAGGAGCCUCUUAAAGAAGAAGUUACAGGUCUGUGAGAGCCAGAAAUCUUGCUUGUUUGUAGGUGACCAAAUACUUAUUUUCCACCAUAAUUUGCAAAUAAAUUCAUUAAAAAUCCUACAAUGGGAUUUUCUGGAUUUUUUUUCCUCAAUUUGUCUGUCAUAGUUGACGUGUACCUAUGAUGAAAAUUACAGGCCUCUCUCAUCUUUUUAAGUGGGAGAACUUGCACAAUUGGUGGCUGACUAAAUACUUUUUUUCCCCACUGUAUAAUCGCUAAGCCAGGGAUAAAUAAAUCAACUGAGUUUUUGAAAGCUGCCUAUGGAAAACUGGAGCUGGCUAGUGGUUCUGGACUGGAUAUCCAUUUUUCACAUACCCUUGGUCUGUUGACCUACUUUUGACUACAAUUGAUUUGAGAUCUAUCUAGCACGUACUGUAUUAGGCUCAGUGUUUGUAGGUAAUACAUGGAAUUUGCUUUCAAAAAGUGUUAGCUUCCCUUUCUCCAACUCAACCUUUGUGUCUAUGUCCCCUUUGCCAAGGCAGCUAUGUUCUAGUCCAAAAUGGGUUGUGGACUGGAGUGCUUUGGCAUCCAUAAUCAACUACAGAUGACCUCAGCUGAGACAUUAUCUUAAACAAAUGCUAUGCCUUCCAAACGUGUUGGCAGGACUAUGUACACCAGGGUUCCCCAACUCUGUCCUGGGGGACCUCCAGACAGUCCACAGUUUUGUUAUAGCCCUGCACUAACACCUGAUUCAACUAAUCAACUAAUAACCAAGCCCUUGUUGAAUCACAUGUGUAAGGGCUCAGUGCAAGGCUAGAACAAAAAUGUGGACUGUUUUGUGGUCCCCCAGGAGGGGAUUGGGAAACACUGAUCUCAACAGAUCAAGGCCAGUUAUGGCUGUGUGGAGCAACAUGUGCAUGUAUAAACUGUUACGAUUAUGACAUUAAGAUCUUGCUAUUAUUCUUCUUGACUCAUGAUGAAGUCUCACACUGAAAGAAACAUUUUAAAUGUUUUGUUGAAUUAUGGUGUAAUUAAUUUACUAAACUUCUGUCUUUUAGGAAAGAAGGAAGAAGUUUGAGAAAGAGAGCGAAAAAUAUUACUCUCAGUUAGAUAAACAUCUGAAUUUGUCUGCUAAGAAGAAGGAAACUCAGCUGCAGGAGGUUGGUGGAAAUCCCUCACAACAGAUGCUUCCUGUAAAGAGUUCAAUGGAACUCUGAAGGGAUUUGAAGUUUUGUUGUUUGUAAAAUGUAUUUAUUAUAUUAUAAUUCUCCCUAAUUGGAUAACUCAACUGGCUCAAGCUCAACGGCUUAAAGAUUAGCUAAUAACAACAAAUAUGAAGACUAAUCGGAAAUAAGCUGCUUUUGUAAUCACCAUUUGAUUCCUCCACAGGCUGACGAGCUGCUGGACAAAGAGAGGCUGAACUUCUAUGAGUCGUCAGUGGAGUAUGUGUACCAGAUCCAGCAGGUGCAGGACAGAAAGAAGUUUGAUGUGGUGGAGCCUGUAAGUGCUUUCUUCCUCUCCGUCUCCCACACUUCCUGUUUACACCUCCCUGUGUUGCUGCAUGGAUAUCCAUACACACACAAGCCUAAAGAUGCGGCCUGUGUAACCUAUUAUAUGAUACGGCCACAGUGGAUUAAUAGUCCACAUCCUGCACUAACUAUAAUUACCUCUGAACACCACUUCACAUUAAGGAAGGCAAGUCUAGCCUGGCACUAGGAAACAAUUACUCACAAUCGCAUUGAUUUCUCAUUGAAACCAAUGGCUAGAGUAGAAAUAGGUUAGUGUUAGAGUACUGUAUAGUAUGAGUGAGUGUGGAGAACAGUCUUUGAACAGCUAUGAGAGUAGAAAUCUGGUACCCAAGGCUAGUAAUGAGGUGAACUCUUACACUUCACUUCAUUUAAGUAUUAUGAAAUACAUUUGCCCAUUAGAAGAAUAUAGUGACAGGACCAUUUCUGAAUGAUUAUCAAUAUACUAAUAAUUACUUGUAUGUUGCAUUGUUUUCAAUGGACAGGUGCUGGCAUUUCUUCACAGUAUCCUAACACUCAACAACCUGACGGUGGAGAUGACUCAGGACUUCAUGCCCUAUAAGCAGGAGCUGCAGCUUAGCUUGCAGAAUGUGAGUAGCUACCGAUGAUAAUGACAACAUUAAUAUAAUGAGACUCAAUGAUGAUGCCUAAUAAUGGUGGCGAUAGAUGGUAAUGGUGGUGAUGGGUCUGGUUAGGACUUCAGGAAGCGGUAAUAGGGCUUUCUUAUAACCAUCCAACAUGGACUGUUUUGCUGUGAUCUGCAGACGCGGAACCACUUUGAGAGCACUCGUGAGGAGAUGGAGGAGCUGAUGAAGAGAAUGAAGCAUCCAACCCAGAUCGGCAAAAUGCACGGCCAGCCAACCAUUGAGGGCUACCUGUACUCUCAGGAGAAGUGUAAGAAUGCAUGUUACAGUUUGUUUGUAAACCUGCUGUGUCGUCCCAUGAAAUGAGUGCCUUUUGCGUCCAUUGAUAUUUUAAGUAGAAAUUGAGCACCAAUAUUGCAUUUUAAAAGCCUGUUAUAUUAAAUUAAGUCCCCUUUAAUAUAGACCACAUGGAAAAUUCCAUCAGUCAGAUUUGCUAUAUUAAUAAAGACAUUUCCCUCCAUCAACCCUAUGUCACUUCUAGAAAGAUCUUAACUCACUUAAUCCCUACAUUACAGCUUUCACCAUCAUUGUAAAGCCCUAGCUAUUUUGUUGCUUUGACAAAGUCAUUUCUGAAUAUUAUUAUUUAUUUCAGGUGAUUUAGUGAUUCAUUUAUGUCUGUCCCUCAUUUUAAGGUCAACCCUGUUACUUGAACUGAACUCUCAUUUUAAUAAGGUGAAACUAUUCCUUUAAAAAAAGAACCCCAAAAAAGAUACAUUGAACAUUUAAUAGUCAAAUCAUAGAGUAAAAGCAGGUGAGCUAGUUAUACACUUUUUGGCCAUUUUCUGGUGUUUUGUGGUGGAAAACUGAGCAAGUCGAGCAUAACACGUCAACCCUGUUACCCAUAGAUAGACAGGCUAGAAAUGGUUUAACGAUUUCAUUUUUAGUUAUUCUUUUGCAUUCAAUUGCCACUUGUUGUUGCACACAACAAGCUUCCAUUCCCCCUGUCACAGGGACAUUUAUGGCUGAUUUAAGAAGAAAUCAUCAACCCUGUUACUUUAUUUGGCUCUAUAUAGGCACUUACUAUAGUAUUAUUAUAUCUUGAGAUUGGAAAAUGUGUUUUUUUAAGAGGUUUAACAUGCGCUCAUUAUGACAGAAUUUUUAAAAUUUCAACCAAGUUACACUUCUCAAAAGGCACCGAAUUGGUGGAACGAACCUACUAUAUUCCUCUCAACGUGUAUUGGAUAAGCCCUGACAUGAUAUCCUAUCACCCUGCUCUCCCAGGGGCCUUGGGUGUGUCAUGGGUGAAGUACUACUGCAAGUAUCACAAAGACAGCAAGCUGUUUGUCAUGGUCCCUGCUGAACCAAAACCUGCAACCAAACAGGUAGGUCAUAAAAUUAGUCAUAUAAUCUUUAUUAGACACUUUAACAACUAUUUGUCGCAUCUCUGAUAUUUUGUUUAAGUCAAUGGAAUUAUUCAAAUGCUCAUGCGCUCAUAUAUUUUGUUUUUAUUUAACUUUCUCCAAAGCUGUAAUGUAGAGAUUAUCUCUCUAGGCCUCUCUCCCCAUCAUUUUACCCACACACUGUCAUGCUUUCUUCCAGGGCCCCACAGAGCUGAAGCUUAAAUCCUGCUUCCGCCGAAAGACAGAGUCCAUAGACAAGCGCUUCUGCUUUGAUAUUGAAACUUACGAGAGGUUAGUACAAACACGCCACUUUGAGACUUUGAGAUGAGGUAGACUUCGUAUAAGAUCAUACUGUACAUGCCUUGUGGUAUAAACAAGUUUGAGCAGUGAGGUGAACAGGUGGUCUACAAGGACGCUGAGUGUGUGUGUGUACAGAGUGGAUUCUAGCCCAAACAAUCAGUUGGCAGCAGGCUCCUCUACUUCCUGCUGGAAGCAGAUGGCAAACUCUGUGAUUUCAGGGGAAGGGAACACCAUGAACUCAUAUUUAUACAUGCAAGGCAUUCUGUACAAUAUUUACAGCAGAGGGACGCAAGCCAUACACUGACAUUUCAUAUCAGACAGAGGGACCACAAUGGAAAUAAGUCCCAGACUUUGUGUGUUAUCCUCAAUGGUUUUACUAAUGUGCAAAUAUGGCUUUUUCAAGUUUUAUGUGUGCUUUUUGUUGUUGUUGUAAUGGUCAAAUGAAUAAACUAAACAAAAAGAAGGGAGCUCAGACACCAGCCAAUACAAAAAUAUAGUCAAACAAAUGCAAUAUUGUCUAUGCCCUAACUGUGACACUUGUUCUGAUCACCAUAGAAACAUACCUGUCACACUCCAGGCUGUUUCGGAGGCCAACAGGAAGUUGUGGAUGGAGGCCAUGGAUGGAAAAGAGCCUGUGAGUUCCUUUACUGGUGUACUUUAAAGGCAUUGUGUUUUAUAGUCCUAAUCUUGCUGUUUUACUUUGGUUUUGUUAAACAAUAUGAUAAUAAAGUGGCAUCUCUUUAUAAUGAUAUCAUAUAUUGAGGGUUAUUUUUUAGGAUGGCCACAGAAAGCUCCACAGAUAUUACAGUUUUUUGGUGUCUUACAUUGUCCUUUCAUUCCAGAUUUAUCAUUCCCCAAUUCACAAGCAAGCUGAAAGUAUGUACCAUUACCAGUGUUCAUUUUUGUUGUUUUUUACUGCAGUAUAAUUAAACCGUAUUAAUCUCACUGACCAUCCAUACAGACACAUUUGUUUGUCGUUCCACUGCUUGUGAAAUCUGUUAUAUGUUACUUGUCUUCCACAGUGGAAUUGAAUGAAGUUGGAUUCAAGUUUGUAAGAAAAUGCAUCAACUUCGUUGAAACUAAAGGUAAAGUAACCAGAAAGUUCUAGUCCAUACCAUGUGUUUUGUCUUUGUAUGCCGCCUAUCGGAUUUCAUGCCGGUUUUGUCAUAGUCUAGUCAGUUUUCCAUAUUGCCCGUUAGAGGGCAGAGAUGAGUUGUGUUUGGAAUGAGAGACUCUAAAGCCUCACUGCUAUCCUAAAUUAACUUUCUCACCAGAGGCCAGCAGUAAAUAAAAACACAACGGCUGCAAUAUGACAUCCAGCCAGGAAAGUAUAACUUUGCCAUUUAGCUCACCACAAUAAAUGUCCUUAUAGUAGAGCACUUCAGUACAUACUAAAUGAGCAGUUUUACUUUGUUUACAGCAAUAUAACUAAUAAUAACGCACCAGUACUAUACAGUGGGGAGAACAAGUAUUUGAUACACUGCCGAUUUUUCAGGUUUUCCUACUUACAAAGCAUGUAGAGGUCUGUAAUUUUUAUCAUAGGUACACUUCAACUGUGAAAAACAAAAAUCCAGAAAAUCACAUUGUAUGAUUUUUAAGUAAUUCAUUUGCAUUUUAUUGCAUGACGUAAGUAUUUGAUACAUCAGAAAAGCAGAACUUAAUAUUUGGUACAGAAACCUUUAUUUGCAAUUACAGAGAUCAUACGUUUCCUGUAGGUCUUGACCAGGUUUGCACACACUGCAGCAGGGAUUUUGGCCCACUCCUCCAUACAGACCUUCUCCAGAUCCUUCAAGUUUCGGGGCUGUCGCUGGGCAAUACAGACUUUCAGCUCCCUCCAAAGAUUUUCUAUUGGGUUUAGGUCUGGAGACUGGCUAGGCCACUCCAGGACCUUGAGAUGCUUCUUACGGAGCCACUCCUUAGUUGCCCUGGCUGUGUGUUUCGGGUCGUUGUCAUGCUGGAAGACCCAGCCACGACCCAUCUUCAAUGCUCUUACUGAGGGAAGGAGGUUGUUGGCCAAGAUCUCGCGAUACAUGGCCCCAUCCAUCCUCCCCUCAAUACGGUGCAGUCGUCCUGUCCCCUUUGCAGAAAAGCAUCCCCAAAGAAUGAUGUUUCCACCUCCACGCUUUAUGGUUGGGAUGGUGUUCUUGGGGUUGUACUCAUCCUUCUUCUUCCUCCAAACACGGCGAGUGGAGUUUAGACCAAAAAGCUCUAUUUUUGUCUCAUCAGACCACAUGACCUUCUCCCAUUCCUCCUCUGGAUCAUCCAGAUGGUCAUUGGCAAACUUCAGACAGGCCUGGACAUGCGCUGGCUUGAGCAGGGGGACCUUGCGUGCGCUGCAGGAUUUUAAUCCAUGACGGCGUAGUGUGUUACUAAUGGUUUUCUUUGAGACUGUGGUCCCAGCUCUCUUCAGGUCAUUGACCAGGUCCUGCCGUGUAGUUCUGGGCUGAUCCCUCACCUUCCUCAUGAUCAUUGAUGCCCCACGAGGUGAGAUCUUGCAUGGAGCCCCAGACCGAGGGUGAUUGACCGUCAUCUUGAACUUCUUCCAUUUUCUAAUAAUUGCGCCAACAGUUGUUGCCUUCUCACCAAGCUGCUUGCCUAUUGUCCUGUAGCCCAUCCCAGCCUUGUGCAGGUCUACAAUUGUAUCCCUGAUGUCCUUACACAGCUCUCUGGUGUUGGCCAUUGUGGAGAGGUUGGAGUCUGUUUGAUUGAGUGUGUGGACAGGUGUCUUUUAUACAGGUAACGAGUUCAAACAGGUGCAGUUAAUACAGGUAAUGAGUGGAGAACAGGAGGGCUUCUUAAAGAAAAACUAACAGGUCUGUGAGAGCCGGAAUUCUUACUGGUUGGUAGGUGAUCAAAUACUUAUGUCAUGCAAUAAAAUGCAAAUGAAUUACUUAAAAAUCAUACAAUGUGAUUUUCUGGAUUUUUGUUUUAGAUUCCGUCUCUCACAGUUGAAGUGAACCUAUGAUAAAAAUUACAGACCUCUACAUGCUUUGUAAGUAGGAAAACCUGCAAAAUCGGCAGUGUAUCAAAUACUUGUUCUCCCCACUGUACAUAGCUUAUUAAGAAUCAUGCCACGAAGUAGGCAACAAAGCUAUUACUCCAGAGAGAGUAUAUUACCAUGUGGCAUCAGAAGACUGUUAAAUGUGUGGGCACAUUCAACAGCUCUUAUUUCUCAAGCAGCUCAAAUUCUUUAGAUUCCAUGGGCCUUCUCACUUCAGCCCUCCCUAAUUCACUCUUCCAAUUUAUUUACGAGUUUGAUGAAUCUGUAUAGUCCUUUAUGGUUUAGUUGGUUGAGCAUGGUGCUUGCAAAGCCAGGAUUGUGGGUUCGAUUCUCGGGGCCAACCAUGCUUCAAAUGUAUGCAUGCAUGACUAUGUCUCUUUGGAUAAAAGCAUCUGCUAAAUGGCAUACAUUACACAUUAUACAUACACUACCGGUCAUAAGUUUUAGAACACCUACUCAUUCAAGGGUUUUUCUUUAUUUUUACUAUGUUCUACAUUGUAGAAUAAUAGUGAAGACAUCAAAACUAUGAAAUAACACAUAUGGAAUCAUGUAGUAACCAAAAAAGUGUUAAACAAAUCAAAAUAUAUUUUAUAUUUGAGAUUCUUCAAAUAGCCACCCUUUGCCUUGACAGCUUUGCACACUCUUGGAAUAAUCUCAACCAGCAAAAUUAGGUAGUCACCUGGAAUGCAUUUCAAUUAACAGGUACCUUCUUAAAAGUUAAUUUGUGGAAUUUCUUUCCUUCUUAAUGCGUUUUAGCCAAUCAGUUGUGUUGUGACAAGGUAGGGGGGUAUACAGAAGAUAGCCCUAUUUGGUAAAAGACCAAGUCCAUAUUAUGGCAAGAACAGCUCAAAUAAGCAAAGAGAAACGACAGUCCAUCAUUACUUUAAGACAUGAAGGUCAGUCAAUACAGAAAAUGUCAAGAACUUUCAAAGUUUCUUGAAGUGUAGUCGCAAAAACCAUCAAGCGCUAUGAUGAAACUGGCUCUCAUGAGGACCGCCACAGGAAUGGAAGACCCAGAGUUACCUCUGCUGCAGAGGAUAAGUUCAUUAGAGUUACCAGCCUUAGAAAUUGCAGCCCAAAUAAAUGCUUCACAGAGUUCAAGUAACAGACAAAUCUCAACAUCAACUGUUCAGAAGUGACUGUGUGAAUCAAGCCUUCAUGGUUGAAUUGCUGCAAAGAAACCACUACUAAAGGACACCAAUAAGAAGAAGAGACUUGCUUGGGCCAAGAAACACGAGCAAUGGACAUUGGACAGGUGGAAAUGUGUCCUUUGGUCUGGAGUCCAAAUUGGAGAUUUUUCGUUCCAACCGACCUGUCUUUGUGAGACGUGGUGUGGGUGAACAGAUGAUCUCCGCAUGUGUAUUUCCCACCGUAAAGCAUGGAGGAGGAGGUGUUAUGGUGUGGGGGUGCUUUGCUGGUGACACUGUCUGUGAUUUAUUUAGAAUUCAAGGCAUACUUAACCAGCAUAGCUACCACAGCAUUCUGCAGCAAUACGCUAUCCCAUCUGGUUUUGGCUUAGUGGGACUAUCAUUUGUUUUUCAACAGGACAAUGACCCAACACACCUCCAGGCUGUGUAAGGGCUAUUUUACCAAGAAGGAGAGUGAUGGAAUGCUGCAUCAGAUGACCUGGCCUCCACAAUCCCUCCGACUUCAACCAAAUUGAGACGGUUUGGGAUGAGUCGGACUGCAGAGUGAAGGAAAAGCAGCCAACAAGUGCUCAGCAUAUGUGGGAACUCCUUCAAGACUGUUGGAAACGCAUUCCAGGUGAAGCUGGUUGAGAGAAUGCCAAGAGUGUGCAAAGCUGUCAUCAAGGCAAAGGGUGGCUACUUUGAAGAAUCUCAAAUAUAAAAUAUAUUUUAAUUUGUUUAACACUUUUUUUGGUUACUACAUGAUUCCAUAUGUGUUAUUUAAUAGUUUUGAUGUCUUCACUAUUAUUCUACAAUGUAGAAUAAUAGUAAAAAUAAAGAAAAACCCUUGAAUGAGUAGGUGUUCUAAAACUUCUGACCGGUAGUGUACAUGAAAUACUCGUAUGUUUCACAACCAGUAAGAUAUGCAGGCCUCGUAUGAUAACAUAAACUCCAGCCGUUCACUGGAGCAGUAAAGCAAAUCAUUCAUUUGGAAGAGGCUGGGAAGUAGGCUAGUGUUGUCAAGGCGUUGUCUGCUACGUCCCUAUUUUCAUUCCAGUUGAUACAGGCCUGCGCUGAGGAACAGCCUGUACAUUUCCACUGCUCUGAAUUUCUCUGGAGGUAACUCCCCUUUUAUUGCCUUUUACCUAAACCCCACCCACCCACUCUCUCCUUCUCCUCUCUUUUACAGGACUCACACAAGAAGGAGUAUACAGAACUGUUGGCAGUAACAUCCAAGUGCAGAAGCUUUUAAAUGCUUUCUUUGGUGAGGAAAUGACCAUGUCAACAUCUGCUCUCUCCCUCUAUUGAGUUGGGAUUGAAGAAUGCACAAAACAGAGGGGCUGUUUGUAGCACAAUACAGAGAUUAAACUGUUACAUUUCCCUGUUUCACUAGCACACACAGCUUGCCUGACGACUCAAACUGAAUCCUUCCACUGCUUUAUGUUCGCUACAUACAUUAUUCUGAGACCGGCAUCAUUUAAGUCAUUUGUGGUGAUGUCAAAAUGAGGGGUGUUGUGCAAAAUAAAAACCUCAGCGAUUGGAUCAUUUCUAACCAAUCAGAGUAUCAAAGCCAAUGACACAUUUUUUAAACGCUGCUUUACCCAUGUGUGUUCUGACUCUGGCCCAACCCAGUGUUUUUUCUGGGACCAAUCAGAACGGUUAGAAUGUGUUUGCGUUCUAGAAGUCGUCAGGAAGGUACACAGAUCCAGACUCACUGCGGAGAACAAAGUAACGUCCAAGGGUGUGGCGUAGCAUUUGGGCAGAGCAAGGAGUUUGGGUAUCACUGCGGAGAACAAAGUAACGUCCGAGGGUGUGGCGUAGCAUUUGGGCAGAGCAAGGAGUUUGGGUAGCCAGGCAAACACACAGCAGGUUUUGAAGCAAUAUUAAAAAAGCACCAAAUACAUAUUUAUGGACUAGUUUAUAAGUGAUUCCCUUGCCCCUAAGGCAGAUGACUGUGACAGGAUAUAACAUUUAUUUAUUCCAAUAUUAAACUAAUGUCCCUAUAUGCUAUUGCCAAGGCUUAAUUUAUCAUAAUUUUGUAUUGAUAUCAUAAUCUUGUAUCCAGCCCUCCAUAAUGGUUUUAUUGUUGUGGAAACAGUGCAAAAGAGACUGGCAUUUUAUAUUUACUUGCCUUUUAAGAUAAAUAAAAUAAUCUGAGACAAACUCAGAAAGUAAAUGAAUACUUUAAUUCACCAAUACAGUCACAGAUAUUUAACUUGCCAGUGACCUUGAGCAAAAAAAGUAACACUCUAAUCAGAACGUGUUUCCAAGGUUGUUUUCAAGGGCUCGUGCAAAAAAAAGGUUUACCAUUUCUGCCUAAAAUGUAUUGUAAUAUUUUAUUAAACUUUUUUCUCCAUUAAAAAAAAUAAAUGUAAAAGAAAAAGUCUACAUAGGCAAAAACAAUAAACAACUUAAUAUUUACAUACAUUUCCACAAACAUUAAUGACAUCACACUUGCUCAGACCCACAUGUUCCUUCCGUAUCCACACCCAAUGUUGUUUCUAAUACUUGUAAGACUCCUCCCCAUAUGACUUCAAAUUGUGUUAUGUUGUUUCUGUCUGUAGCCAGAUUCUUUUCAAGAUUUAAAUAAUAAAGCAAUUGAUUCUUCCAUUCUCUUAACGUUGGAGUAUCAUUUGACUUCGAGUAUUUAAGUAAUCGCUUCUUCAAUAUACAGUGGGGGAAAAAAGUAUUUAGUCAGCCACCAAUUGUGCAAGUUCUCCCACUUAAAAAGAUGAGAGAGGCCUGUAAUUUUCAUCAUAGGUACACGUCAACUAUGACAGACAAAUUGAGAAAAAAAAAUCCAGAAAAUCACAUUGUAGGAUUUUUUAUGAAUUUAUUUGCAAAUUAUGGUGGAAAAUAAGUAUUUGGUCACCUACAAACAAGCAAGAUUUCUGGCUCUCACAGACCUGUAACUUCUUCUUUAAGAGGCUCCUCUGUCCUCCACUCGUUACCUGUAUUAAUGGCACCUGUUUGAACUUGUUAUCGGUAUAAAAGACACCUGUCCAGAACCUCAAACAGUCACACUCCAAACUCCACUAUGGCCAAGACCAAAGAGCUGUCAAAGGACACCAGAAACAAAAUUGUAGACCUGCACCAGGCUGGGAAGACUGAAUCUGCAAUAGGUAAGCAGCUUGGUUUGAAGAAAUCAACUGUGGGAGCAAUUAUUAGGAAAUGGAAGACAUACAAGACCACUGAUAAUCUCCCUCGAUCUGGGGCUCCACGCAAGAUCUACCCCGUGGGGUCAAAAUGAUCACAAGAACGGUGAGCAAAAAUCCCAGAACCACACGGGGGGACCUAGUGAAUGACCUGCAGAGAGCUGGGACCAAAGUAACAAAGCCUACCAUCAGUAACACACUACGCCGCCAGGGACUCAAAUCCUGCAGUGCCAGACGUGUCCCCCUGCUUAAGCCAGUACAUGUUCAGGACCGUCUGAAGUUUGCUAGAGUGCAUUUGGAUGAUCCAGAAGAGGAUUGGGAGAAUGUCAUAUGGUCAGAUGAAACCAAAAUAUAACUUUUUGGUAACAACUCAACUUGUCGUGUUUGGAGGACAAAGAAUGCUGAGUUGCAUCAUACCUACUGUGAAGCAUGGGUGUGGAAACAUCAUGCUUUGGGGCUGUUUUUCUGCAAAGGGACCAGGACGACUGAUCCGUGUAAAGGAAAGAAUUAAUGGGGCCAUGUAUCGUGAGAUUUUGAGUGAAAACCUCCUUCCAUCAGCAAGGGCAUUGAAGAUGAAACGUAACUGGGUCUUUCAGCAUGACAAUGAUCCCAAACACACCGCCCGUGCAACGAAGGAGUGGCUUCGUAAGAAGCAUUUCAAGGUCCUGGAGUGGCCUAGCCAGUCUCCAGAUCUCAACCCCAUAGAAAAUCUUUGGAGGGAGUUGAAAGUCCGUGUUGCCCAGCGACAGCCCCAAAACAUCACUGCUCUAGAGGAGAUCUGCAUGGAGGAAUGGGCCAAAAUACCAGCAACAGUGUGUGAAAACCUUGUGAAGACUUACAGAAAACAUUUGACCUGUGUCAUUGCCAACAAAGGGUAUAUAACAAAGUAUUGAGAAACUUUUGUUAUUGACCAAAUACUUAUUUUCCACCAUAAUUUGCAAAUAAAUUCAUUAAAAAUCCUACAAUGUGAUUUUCUGUAUUUUUUUUUCUCAUUUUGUCUGUCAUAGUUGACUUGUACCUAGAAUGAAAAUGACAGGCCUCUCUCAUCUUUUUAAGUGGGAGAACUUGCACAAUUGGUGGCUGACUAAAUACUUUUUUUCCCCACUGUAGGUGACGAAAAUAUAUUUAAAAAAUUAUAAUAUUGUCCAAACCCAUUGGGUAUCUCACCGCACCCCCAUAUGCCAUCUCUUGAAAUAUGCAGAUAGACGGAUUAAAAGUAAACUUGCAUUGUAAAACUUCUGUCAGCCACCUUUCUAACUUUGUCCAUAACUUUUGGACUUUAUAGCACUCCCAGAAGGCAUGAAUUAUUGAGCCAGUGUUAGUGUUACACUUAAGACAUGAUUGCCGUUGUGAUGUAGAAUUUGUGAAUUUUGUCUCUUGUAUAAUACAUUCUAUAUAUUAGUUUAUACUGGAUUAAGCGUACAUUUUCGUUAACUGUAAUUUCAUUCGUUAUGUUCCAACACGCCCUCCAUCUUGUGCCAAUAUCAGUUAUUUUUAAGUCUUGGUUCCAAUAUAAAAAAAUAAAAAUCUAAGAGAUUAUCAGUUGGAUAGGCGCUCUGCAAGAUUUUGUAUAUUUUACCUGUCAUAUGAGUAUAUUUUUCUGACUCAAAUAGGAUUCCCUCAACAUUUCUCUGAUGUCCAAACGUUUAAGUUGCAUAUGUUUUGAAAAUGUCUACAUUGGUCAGUCCAAAAUUGCUUUUGAAUUCUGUCCUGUAUUUCCUAUUACCACGUCAGUUAAGGUUUCUAUGGCUUUGGUUUUCCAUGUGACCCAUUUAUCUGUGAAUUCUGAAAAGCUAUCCAAGGAUUGUUCCAUAUGGGUGUGUUUUUAGGGAGUGAUAUUGUUUCUUGUAGAAUCUGUUUCAUUUUCUUCAAUGUUAUAGUGUUCUUAACUAUGAAGUUGUUAAUGUUCUUGGCUCCAUCCUUUGAAAACAAACACGUGAAAAUAGUCUGGGGAUGACCAUGCGCAUCUUCAAUAUGUAACCAUUGUUCCUCUUUAGUGCACUUAACAAUAUGUUGCAAGUAAAAGCCUUGGGUGACGAGUUGAUACAAUUCCAAAUCUGGAAGGUUAAAACCACCCUCCAAUUUAAGGACAUGUAAAACGUUCCUAAUUAUUCUGAGUUUUAUUUGCCCAUAUGAAGUCUGUUAUGGCUGAGUAUACUUUUUCAAAGAAUGUCUUUGGUGGGGUAAUUGGUAUUACAGAGAGUAAAUAUACAAACUUUGGGAGCCAUGCCAUUCUAAAUAGGUUUAUUCUACCUGUUAGAUUUAUGGGGAGAGUAUUCAAUUGAAUUAGAUCUGGGAUAAAGUUAUCUUUAUAUAUUUGUUGUUUGUUGUCACUUAAGUAUCCUAAGUAUUUAAUAUUUUUUUGCUGCAGUUAUUUUUUAUUUUUUUCCUAUUGCCAUUAUUUCCAUUUUUUUCCAUGUUAAUUUUAUAUCCUGAGAUUUGAUAGUAUUCUGAAAAUAUUUUUAACAAGGGGGGCAUAGAUUUUUUUUAAAAUGUCAUUUAGCAGACGCUCUUAUCCAGAGUGACUUACAGUUAGUGAGUGCAUACAAAUGUCCAUAUUAGUCAAGUAUAUCAGGAGAUCGUCUGCAAAUUUAGUUUAGUUUAUAUUCAUGUUUACCUAUAUUUGAUACCUGUUACGUUUGGGUCCUGUCUAAUUAUUUCUGCAAGUGGUUCAAUUGCCAGUGCAAACAGGAGGGGGGAGAGAGGACAUCCCUGUCUCGUACCACUUUCUAAAGUAAUUUCAUCACAUAAUGUAUUAUUUGUGUAUGUUUUUGCUUUAGGAUAUUUAUAUACUGUUUGUAUGCAAUGUAUUAUUUCAGCUGGAAAGUUUAAGGCUUCCAAAGUUUUGAAUAGAAAUAGCCACUCAAGACAGUCAAAAGCAUUUUCGGCAUCAACAGCCAUUAUUGAUAAAUCUAGUUUUUUAGCGUAUUGUAUUAUACUGAAACAUGUUUUUGUUUGUAAGUGUCUAUUUUAAAUAAACCCUGUUGGAUUAAUAUGUUUCAAGUCUGGUAAUACUUUUGCCAUUCUGUUGCUUAUGAGUUUUGUUGCUAUAUUGUCACAAUGUAUUACAUUAAUGGGUCUGUAAUCUGCAGGGGACUCUCCAGAUUUUCCUGGUUUUAGAAUAACUGAAAUAACUAUUUGAUACAUGGAACUCGGAAGCACUGAAUUGAGUGACGUGUGUUGUCAUUUGAGUAAAUAGGGGCACAAGUUUGUCCCAGAAUAUCAAAUACAAUUAUAUGGGAAAGAUGUCCCUGGUGCUUUUCUCUGAGCUAAUGUUUUAACAGUGUCUAAUAUUUCUUCUUGGGUGAUUUUCCAUUUUUAGUUAUUAUUUUUCUAUCUGCUGAUGGUUGUUUCAAGGUUAUUGAGUCUAAAAAGGCUGUAGGAUUUGUCCAACUGUUAUAUAGUUCAGAUUUGUAGAGAUUUUCAUAGAAGCUUUUAAAAUUGUUAUUAAUAGUGUUGUUUCUAAUAAAAAAAAAUGUAUCCUUAUCUUUUCAAAUUAUAACUGGUUUGCUGUUUUGUGAGGGCUGCGAGGUGUUUACCAGGUUUAUUUGCCAUUAAAUAGUAUGCUUUAUUUGAGUUUAACCUGUAAUUGUUGUCUCUCUUCAAAAUUGUAUUUUCUUGUUUGUUUUUAAUCGGUUUCCUCCUCUCCCUGUAGACCAGAAAUGCCCAGGGGAUGUGGAUUUUCACAGCAGUGACUGGGACAUUAAAACCAUCACAAGUGCCAUGAAGUUUUAUCUCAGGUGUGUUCCCGUCCUUUUAAAUCACGUGUCAAACUCAUUCCACGGAGGGCCGAGUGUCUGUGGGCUCUUCCUUUAUACUUGAUUGAUGAGUUAAGGUCACUAAUUAGUAACAAACUCCCCUCACCUGGUUGUCUAGGUCUUAAUUGAAAGGAAAAACCAAAAACCUGCAGACGCUAGGCCCACCAUGGAAUGAGUUUGACACCCCUGUCUUAAAUCAUCCAGCAGGUGACAUACAAGAGCCAGUUGCUGUGGAACAACAUGUUCUAUAGAAUUAUGUUACACCAAGCUUUCUGAUACCCAUUAGCACUCAGCUUCUAAAUCAGAUACAUUUUAAAGAGACAUAAAUAGCACUCUGGCAUUUCCAGACUGUAUAUUCUUUAUAUAUUUUAUAAGUAAAUAUAAUUCCAUGUUUGAAAUAAGUUAUGUGCUGUGAUUAGAGAUACUGCAUAUUAAAGUUGUGAUCAUCUAUGCUGGCUAAGGAUGAGAGGUUUCUCUGCUCCAUGAGCCUAGUAUAAUUGUUUGCUGCUUAAAGUACUCAGUGACAAGGCCUCUUGUCUUCAAGGCCAGGUUUUUAUCCUGCCCAAUACCCCUCAUGAUGAUUUACUCACAGGUGGUCUCUCCACACUUUGAGGAGGCCAGGCAGCUGCCUGAAGGCUUACUGAAGGCCUUUGGUCACUCAUGCCUUAACACUGCACUGUUAAAUCUAAUUUCAGACUAGGAAGGAACAUUUUGAUAAGGAGACCUUUGGCAGUGGACUCUUAAAUUCAUUCAGAAUGAGUAGCACUUGUUGAUGCUGAAAGUGCAUGAGCAACAAAUGAGUAGCAGUUAUUUAAAAGGCAGUGUUAGGGUAUGAUGUGAGUGUUGGAGUAUUUGUACUGUACUUAUUUACUUGAUUGCGUGUGUUCAUCCACAGGAGUCUAACAGAGCCUCUGAUGACCUACGGUCUCAACAGGGACCUCAUCUUAGCAGCAAGUAAGAUGUGUUUUCACACUUACUGACAUAAAAACAACAAUGACUUGGAGAAACAAUUACACAGACCGACUUCAAGAUCAGAUAACAUUUUAUUUGCACAUGGCUUACACAUUUUAAAAAGAAAAACUGCACCAGUCCACUAAACUGAUGGAUUUCUGUUAUCAUAAUAUGGACAGUAGUAGAUCAGAUUUAUAGAUCUUUAGGAUAGUCUCAUGGCACAUAACAUUUACAUUUCCUUCUCAUGUGAGGGCAAGUUUUUGUAGGACACCUUUUUGGGUGACAAUACUGUACAUUUGAAUCGUACAAGUCCCGUGUGGCUCAGUUAGUAGAGCAUUGCGCUUGCAAUGCCAGGGUUGUGGGUUUGAUUACCACGGGGGACCAGUAUGAAAAAAAUACAAAAAUGUAUGUACUCACUACUGUCACUCUGGAUAAGAGUGUCUGCUAAAUGACUUGAAUGUAAAAUAUCAUUUAAAAGGUUGGCUUUGGGAGCUGAGCAACAGGUGGUUUACUUCCACAUCUUGUCGUAUGUCUUCCAAGUGCUCUUUCGACAGUUAAUUCAUUGUGCAUUUGUUCUCCAUCAGAGUGAGCUCACUCGAGUUCAACAGGCUGGGUUACGGCUAUAAAAUUGAAUAAAAAAAACAUACUCUCUGUUCGUACUGUAAACUAAACUCAAAUCCCCAUAAAAAAGGUUCUCUAUAAAAAAAAUAAGAAAAUACACACACACACCAUCUGUGUGUUCCCUGUGACAAAAAGCAAUAACAAAGAAAAAGGACAUAAUAGCAUCAGGCAUUUUCUUUUAUUAGAUCUUUCCAGUCAAUUAGAAGUUCCUACCUCUGGAUAUCUUAUUCAGGUCUCCUGCGGGAGAUCCUAGUCCCCUGCCUCAUAACGUACUUUUGUUUUGUUCCUCCACAGACUGGAUCCACAGUAUCAUAUUGUGUUUGAACAUGCCAUAAUUAAAUGGUAAAACCAUUGUAAUGACAUAUUAUACACCAGCUCUAAUCCUCAUAACUGAGAUAAGCUCCCAUGCCCCAGGAGCCCUAUUGUUUAACUGUAUGAGGUUCACAUUACACCACAAUGCAGCAGCAGGUGUGGAACUGGACGCCUGAAAUGUUUUGACUGGGAUGAGGAUUUGCUGAUGAACUUUCUCAUGCACAAUGGCUAUGCAUAUACAAUUAACACCCUAUAUAUAUAUAUAUAUAUAUAUAUAUAUAUAUAUAUAUAUAUAUUGAUUGUGUUAAUUACCAAUGAAUAUGUUCACAUUGAGACCUAUUAUGUUUAGAUCAAUCUCAAUUAUGGACAAUAUAUCAGUUAUUGCUCAUGUAAAAAAAUAUGUAUCUUGUUUCUUAGAAUCGGAUAGUCUAGAUGAUCGACUGGGUGCAAUCCACUCCCUGACAUACAAACUCCCAGAGAAGAAUCGAGAAAUGCUAAGCCUACUGAUCCAACACCUGGUCAAGUAAGAGCUAACCUGAUAUGAUGUGCCACUGUUGUGCUGCAGUCUCUGUGCCUUGCAUCCUAACUGAUGCAGUUAUACAAGCUAUGCUUAUUUAGGCCUUUUAUUGUGGUGUACUUGCAUUUCUGUGGUGUUGUGUUGCAUAUGCGUCAGUGAAGGGAUUAAGUGGCAUCUGUUCAGAUGGGUACAUAAUCUGACUAUUCCCUAUGCAUCUAUGCAUAGUGUAAAAGUAAUGCAAAUUUAAACAGGAAAAUACCUGUCCAAUCCUCCUAAAAUAAUAAUUGUAUUUCAUCAAUAUCGUGUUAAUGCAUUUAUAAUAGUUGUGCAAUUAUAAAUUGACAUUAACUGGCAUUAACUUGUUCCCUAUUUGAGAGGUGUUUGUUCCUAUUGGACAUGUCUUUAGAGAAAGUUGUUAACAAACCCGUCUGGAUUCCUGUCGGCAGUGUCUGCAGCAACAGUGGGGACAACCUGAUGACUCCCUCCAACAUGGGCGUGAUCUUUGGCCCCACCCUGAUGAGGGCAGAGGAAGAGACUGUGGCAGCCAUGUUGGAUAUAAAGUUCCAGAACAUUGUUGUUGAGAUUCUCAUCGAGGACUACACCAAGGUGAAUUUGAAAGAUUUCAUUACCUUUCCUCCAUUGGAAAGAGCUCAAGAGCCAUGUGAUUGUUAUUUAAUGCACUGUGGCAUCAUAAACAUUCAAGUAUGCCAUGGUACACUACAUUCUAGAUACUAUUAAAUAAAUAUUCUCAAGUUAAAUGUCUAUAUAAUGUAAGUCCUUUUGGACGUGCUGGGGUGAUUACAGAUCUUCUGCAGUGCGCCAGAGGAGAGUUCCACAGCCCCACCCAUGCCUCCUCCAAGGAUUACCCCAAGGAAACGGCAACCAAUCACCAUCUCCAAGCGCACGCCCCGCGUCUACCCAGCAGUUAAUUAUGGCCAGCUCCAGAACACUGAGAGUAAUUAUCAGCCUCUGGUUUAAUCAUCAUCCUCAUUAUCACCACCACCAUCACCAUUAUUAUCAUUACCAUCCCUUGUCCUGUGAAUGCAAAUAAUUAUAUUAGGAUUAUUACAGUGUACACUUGGUAUGUGUAAGGUGAUUUAUACAGUAGGUGGCUGAUGUUUAUUCUGGACACUGUAUUACUGAGAGUGUGUGAAUCUUAAGUACUCGUUGUGAAUUGCUAAAAUAGAAUAGUGCAUGUGCCUUUACUUUUACUAUUCUUUCUAAAUGUUUGAUAUUUAUGUUAAUUGCAUGCCCUUCUUCGAUGGGACAAUUUAUCGAGCCAUUUUGUUGAAUUGGAAACAAUAAGCGUUACAUUUUUUGCAUAGUGGCCAAUGCCAUAUCCAGAUGUUGGCUUACUACGACCUCCUCCUGAGCCAAGUUUAACCAUUCAUUGUUUUUGUUAACUGCACUUAAAGAGAGGCAGUGGGAGAUCUUGCUUAGGCCGUGCUCACUGAAUGCAAGUUAUUGCUUCAGGCUAAAUCAUGUAAUUUUUACCUCUUGUAACUUUGGGUUAAAUGUCUGUGUGUGAGUCAGUCCUUUCAUUUACUGUGGUAUGGAAAGAUGUGGAACACUUGCAGCGUGUCCUCCCCUCAUUGUGUGGUAUUUUAUUUAUCGCUCUUCUCUGAGUUCCUCCUUGGAGUUACCAAAUAACCAGUUCCGAUUUGCUUGACAACUAACUACCACCUGUCUAAAUCCCUCGCAGCGUUUGAAUAGUGCAUGUACCACUGGAAACCUGGCCAACAGCAUGACUCCAGAUGAAACAGAGUGCAACACAGUCAUCUGUUUACUUUUUAAUCUCCUAGAUGAAUAGAUCAUUGUUAUACACAAUCCUCUUUCCUAUUAACAUUAUAUUUUUCUCCAGCUCACAGACUAUUAAUCCACACAUUUAUUUAACUAUAAAGGCUUUGUGCUUUCUGCCAUUAUUAAAUGCAUCCGCCCAAAUGCCAACAUUAGACUUGAUUUUAUAAUACUCCAGGAACCCCAGGAAGAGAAGCAGAUGCUUCUACAAAAGCUAAUGGGGAUCCAAAUAAACAAAUACAAACAAAUAAAGAAUGAAUUAAAAUAAUAUUGUUUAAUGGUUCAUUUAUUUUGUAUUGGUUUUAAUGAUUCAUUUUCUAAUAUGUAAAAUAUGCUUCGGUCACUCAUACUACAUGUAUAGACAACAUUCUGUAAGUAGAAGUAUACUACACAUGAUAGGUAGGAGCUCAGGAGAAGUAAUGAUAUCAAGUUCAAAAUCAGUUAAAACAGCAACCUCUGCAUUACGACUAUGUGGGGAAUUAUCUACAUAUUCUUUAACCAUUAAACCCAACCACAAGAACGUAAUCCAGGGAUAUGCAUGGACUGAAUGUGUUGUACUCUAUUUGUAUGUUGAUUGAAAAUGUUCCUGUGUUUGUGUCUCAUAGAUGGGAAGAAUGGCAGUAGGCAGAAUGGCAGCAGACCAGAGGGGGUGGAUGCUGGCAGGGACACCCCAACAAGCCCCACACCUCUCCAGAGGACCAAACCCAUCACUGCCCCUCCACGGCUCCCUAGAGACCCUCCUCAGAGGCAGGCCCUCCUGCCCAAGCCAUCCAUCCGCCAGGACAGACACUCAGACUCUGACGUCGCCAAACUGGUUGCUAAGCUACCGGAUGGAGGUCAGAGGCCAGAUACAGCAGCAACAGCCAAUGGAGAGACGGGAGUCACUGUGAACCGAGCACAGUCCUUCCAAGGCAGAAGACCACCUCCUCGAAAUGUUGCGGUCAUCAGAGAAGGUAUCAGAACAAUCUGUAGCCUACACAAACACACUAUGAAUUCUAGACUGCAUUUUAUACGCAGCUUAACAACAGUGCAGCAGUACAGUACCUAGCUGGUCUGUGGUACUGAUACCAUAUCAUGUUCAAUUAGAAAAGAAGGUAGAAAGUGUAUUUUCAUUCAUUGUGUUAGCUCUUGGUUGUGUUAGCUUUUGUUACAACAGUUUCCCUAAGGUUUUCCUUCCUUGUAUUGCAGCAGAAAGUGACGGCGUGAUCAAAACGAGGUCUCCGGCUGAGAAGCCUGCCAUCUGCAGACCUCCAACCAGACCCCCUGACCCCCCUAGCCGAUACCCUGCACCCCACAAGAGCCCCACUGCAGCCCCCAGCGAGGAAACCCCGGCGUCGUAG